UCUCCAUCCUUCUUCUCCUUUAUAUAUUAGAAAACUAAAUGGAGUUUUUUGGAAUAUCCUUGUACGGACCAGAUAAUUAUAUUAAAGAUACCUUAAAAAUUGAUUAUGAAGAACCUAAAUCGAAAAAUGAAGUUAAACCUUUAAUGGAAAAAGUUAUUCAAAAUUCUACACUUCCUAGCAAGAUUCAGAGACCCGAUAUAGAUACUAUCCGCAUAAUUGAUGUAUAUGUUGGCAGAGUUGAUGGUUUCACAUACGGAUCUUCACAACGAUUUAUGAAAAUGAAACGUAAGGGUGUGAUAAAACCGGUUGGCCCAGCAGAUAUGUAUAGGCUACCUACUACUACUUCGCUUGAGUACGGAUGGUGGCAGCAUGACCCCGCGAUAACAAACUCAGAUUGGCAUGUAACUUUUCCAAGACACCCUCAACCCAUAUCUACAAAUAGCCGUAUUUUAGACAUUGUUAAAAGGAAUAAUAAAUAUGCUACCUUAUUUUGAGCAAGAAAUAUAAAUCAAAAUGAUCAGAAUGCGGCAUGUUUGUAUGCCAAUUUUUUAUAGAUAUUUUGUAUAUUAAA